AUGCUUGAAGCCGACAAUUCUCAGCAUGGAAGUUCUGCCGUGGUGCUGAAGUACGAGUUUCUUGCGAGUGCAGGUGGUUUGAGACGAUGGCAUGAAAGUAGUCGUUGGUAUGAUUGUUUAAAGGGCCAUAGUUUGAAGGCGAGAAAGGAAGGCUUGGAAGUACAAGUCGACAAGUGGACCAAUAUUGUUUUGAGAACCACGAAUGUGUAA